AUGGAGGUUCCAGUGCUCUGCUUCAGACUGUUGAUUCGUGUAUUCAUCCUGCUGGGGGUCCAGAGUGAUAAUGCAGCUUUCCGUAUCGUUCCAAACAGACUGCAGCUCUUUGAAUUUGAGUCUGUCUCUUUUCACUGUGACGGUCUCAGCGGCUCCGUUCAGCUGAGGGGGAUCAGGAAUACUAAAGACUUCAUUUGUGAUAUUAAUGGAACGUCAAAAGUAUCUUGCACCAUUCAGAGAGUCUAUCUAACAGACAGUGGAGAGUACUGGUGUGAGACCGACGGAGGGCAGAGAAGCAACAGCGUCAACAUCACUAUCACUGUUGGCUCUGUGAUCCUGGAGAGUCCUGUCGUCCCUGUGAUGGAGGGAGAUUGUGUGACUCUGCGCUGCAGAAACAAGACGACUUCCUCCCACCUCACAGCUGAUUUCUAUAAAGAUGGACUCUUCAUGAAGAGCAGCUCUACAGGAGAAAUCACCAUCCACAGUGUUUCCAAGUCUGAUGAAGGAUUCUACAAGUGUAACAUCUCUGAUGUUGGAGAAUCACCAGAGAGCCGACUGACUGUCAGAGCUCUUGACAGAGAGACGUGUCCCUCCUCAGAUCACUCCUUCUAUGUUCUCCUGCUCUUAAGGACUGUGUUCACCAUCGUGAUGGUGGUUCUGCUGCUGCUGCUGGUGGGACUACUUCACUGUGGGAAACUCAGAGUUACACAAAAAUAACUAAUAGUCACAUAUGAGAGAAACUCGCUGGUAUGUGAUCAGUAGAGUAUGCUGGCAGCUAGUUUGGUCAUUACGAUAAUGAAGCAGAAAACCUCCCAUCAUGCUUUGGGUCUGGGGAAUUCUGGUAGAUCCAAAGAUAUAUUUUAAAAAGCAAUCAAAAAGAUUUUUAUUUUUUUUACUUUCUUCAGCUUCUUAAUUCACUUUUAUGUUUGAUCAAGUCCAGUGUUUGCUGUCAAACGUCUCUGCAUUACGUGUUCAUGCUUGCAGUGUCUGCUGGUGGACUUUCUCACAAGCUGAAAAGGUUAAAAACCACAGAGGUACCAACCGAUGCAUGAACUAUUUUUAAAAGAUAUACUUUCUCAGUAUGUUCUCUGUUUUAUCUUAGACACUUAACAUGCUGUUGAUAAUUUGAGCUUCUUAGACACAAACCACAUGAGACAAUGUAUUAAAGUAGAAGAGCCCCUGAGAAGUCUCUUUAGAAACAACAAACAAGUUUGUGCAGUUUGAUAGCUUUAAUGAUUUGGCUGGUCAAAUUUGUUAAAAUACUAUUUAGACAAAUGUGGUCUUUGACAAUGAGACGAUUUUUAGAGAUCAGGCAGUUAAUGUGUGUGAUCAGUUUAUAAGUCAGCUACAUCAGCUGUAGUGUAGCCUAUAGACCUGGACCCAAUCCUGGACCCACUGCAAGUUUGUAAAAGAGGUGCAAGCCACUCCCAAGGGGGAAAAUAACUGUGGCUAAAGUUAUUAAACCUUUUUGUGAUAGAAAAAAUAUAUAUUUUUAAUUUAAUAUAAAGCCCAAGCCAAGUCCAGAAUAUACAAUAUUUAGUCAAAGUUGAAGACAGGCUGAUUGCUGUGCUUGUAUGCGCAACAUGGAAAGUUUUACAAUCCAAAAUCCCAUCAUAUCAAUACAGUCAAUUAAAACACAGUUUAGAGUCAUAUAUAUUUAUGCCACCAGACAGGCAACAGAAGGCCAGUUUUCACUUCCAAAGGCAAACAGUAAUUUCCUUAAACACACAAUAGUAUAUAGAGCAAUGGCAAUAUGGGAUUUAUUUACUGCUGUUACUGACUAAAUUAACACAGAAACCAAUGUUUAAAAAGCAAAUAAGAAAAGACGUAGGAACAACAUAUUUGUAGGAUGCUAUUCAUACACCCAUUUGUAGUUUUUUGCAGUGUAGGUUUUACUCUUUAUUUACUUUUAAAUGUGGACCCCAGGACAACCAGCUGUGCUUUAGGGCACAGCUAAUGGGGAUCCCAACAAAUAAACAAAUAAUGGAAGUUUUAAACAUAAAAUACAGUAUAUAGGCCCAUUGCAUGUUGUAACAGAAUCACAUUAAUAUACAUUUAAUGGCCAAAUUAUUUCCAGUGAGGCUUCAAUCAGCAACUCAUCAUAUUUUAUGUGCUUUACAUAUGUUUUGUAUGCUUGUUUAUUUCAUGAAUAAUACAUUUCAUAAAACAAUGUCUAUGUUUGGUUGCUUUAAUGUUUUAAUCACUUUAUUUUAUAGUUACUAUCAACAUUUUCACAAAUAAACUAAACCUGAACCGUUUCACUGGCAGCAGAAUGAGGUUUUACAGUUGAACAGCAGUCAAAGUACCUAAAUAAAUAUUUACAUUAUAUUUUUAAAAAGGGAGAGAAAAGAAGAGAAAAAGAAGAGAGAGAGACAAAAUAAAAAAUACAAAGUCUACACAUAUACACAAGUCUUUAUCUUGAGUUUGGAUACAUAAACAGAAAGCUCAGAGUCUGUUUCAACAUUGUUUAUCCUGCAGGAUAAUUAUCUUGGACAAAAAGUAAAAUACACUGAGGAUAAAACAUGCACCGUAUAUCUGUAAUGAAACUCUUCAGCUCUCAUGACUUUCACUUUAAGUCUGAUUCACUGGAAAUUUAUAGGACUUUUUUUAGCAACAUGUAACAUGUUUUAAUAUGAUAUUUACACGACUGAAGGCAGCACUUUAUUCUGUUAAAUGAAGAUUUGAUCAGUUUCCUGUUUCACCUGAGCAACAGGUGAGCUGCAGGUUCACUGUCAGACUCAGCAGCACGUAACAGCAAGUUUUAGAUCAAUCAGCUCUGGAGGCUCCAAUAUUAUAUACAUAUUAUAUUUAGGAGACUGUGUUUUAACAUCAAAAUCAAAUAAAGUUAGUCUCAACUAAAACUGC